UCUGUCACCUUUUGUUUGUGUUGCCAUUUGGCAGCGUCGCAAAAAGAAAACAGUUUCAAAAUGUAUUAGAUUUUGUACCCUUUUAAUCAUGUAGAACCACUCUUAAAAAUGGGAUUCAAACCUCACCCUAAAGUCCCGUCCUUUCUGCUGCCAACGAUUCGCUACGGUUUGUUGUUGUUGCUCUCUGCCGGCUGCUACUGGCACGCCCUGCCCGGAACCUUCGUGUUCGAUGACUCGGUGGCGAUCGUCAAGAACCCGGAUGUCACCGCGAAGGACACUCCGCUGGUGGACCUCUUCCGGCACGACUUUUGGGGCGCCAACCUGACCGAUCCCACGAGCCACAAAUCGUACCGACCGCUCACGAUCCUCAGCUUCCGGCAGGAGGUUCAAGCUUUUGGGCUGGACGCAACCCGGAUGAAGACCAUCAACUUUUGGCUGCACACCGUCAUUGGGCUGUUGCUGCCGAGCUUCUAUCGGGUGGUGGCUUCCGGUGGACGGAAGUUCCGUGGGGAGGCCUACCUGGCGGCGGUUCUGUUUGUGGUGCACCCGAUUCACACGGAGGCGGUUUCGGGCAUUGUGGGACGGGCGGAGCUGCUGGCCACGCUUUGGUUCGUGGUGGCCGUCCUCGUGUACGGCAGGUUGAUCAGAGCACGCGACACCUCACCAACCUUGCCGACCCACCUGGCCGUGCUAGCCUCCGUCAUCCUGCUCACAAUCCUCUCGGUCCUCUGCAAGGAAACCGGCAUCACCAUCCUGAUAACCUGCGCCGCCCUGGACAUCCUAACCCACACCAACCUUCACAACCCCUUCGCUUCGUUCCUCCGAAAUCGCCUGCUCAUGGCCCGCGUGACCACCCUACUCGCGGCAACCUGCGCCAUCGUGUACGCCCGCCUCUGGCUGCAGGACUUUAACCGACCCCAGUUCCGCGACAAGGACAACCCGGUCGCGGUCAGCGCUGGGGUCACGCGGUUUCUCUCGCAGAGCUAUCUGUACGCGUUGAACGCGUGGCUUCUGCUGUGUCCGGACUGGUUGAGCUUCGACUGGGCGCUGGAAUCGAUUGGGUUGGUUGGGGGGUUUUGGGAUUACAGGGCUUGGUUUGUGGGGGUAUUUUACGGGGUUGUUGGGGUUUUGGCGUGGCGGAAUCGAGCGAGGGGGGCGGUGUUGAAGGGGAUGGCGUUGACGGUUGUUCCGUUUUUGCCCGCGAGUGGGCUUGUGCGGGUUGGGUUUGUGAUUGCGGAACGCAUUUUGUACAUUCCAUCGCUGGGGUUUUGCUUUUUGGUGGCGGUUGGGUUCUACCGGUUGUUGAACGGUUGUAGAGGAGUGAGUCGGAGGGUGUGCGGGGUGGGGAUCGUCGUUACGUGUGUGCUGCUGGCCGCUCGAACUCACCAGCGAUCGUCGUACUGGGCUAACGAGCAUUUGCUGUUUCGGUCCGCGCUCCGGGUUGUACCGGGGAACGCCAAGGUGCACUAUAAUAUUGCGAGGUUGGCUACUGAUGAGGGUGAUCGGACGACGGCGUUCCAGUUCUACCGGCAGGCUAUUGAGUUGUAUCCAGAGUACGAGGCGGCCCACAUGAACUUGGGGAAUUUGUACCGGGAUGAGGGGAAGUACGAGCUGGCGCUGAAGCACUUGAAGAAGGCCAUCGAAAUCCACGAGGACUUUCAUACGGCCUGGAUGAACCUGGGAAUUGUCUACGCGGCCAUGAAGAACCACGCGGAAGCCCUGGUCUGCUACCAGAGGGCACUGCAGAGGCAGAAGCACUACCCCAAUUGUGUGUUCAACCUGGGGAAUCUCUACAACGACAUGGGCAACGCCAGCCUGGCCUUGGCCACGUGGAACGAAACGGUCCGCCAAGAUCCACAGCACAUCAAGGCGUGGAACAACAUGAUCAACGUGUACGACAACGCCAACCGCCAGCAGGAGAUCCUCGUCCUAACCCAUCGAGCCCUCGGCCACCUCCCGGACAAUCCAACCAUCCUCUCAUCCCGUGCCACCGCUCUGGCAAAGCUGGGCCGCUUCCUGGACGCCGAGCAGAUCUACGCCCAACUCGUCCACGCACAUCCCCGCGUCGAAAAGUACCUCCAGAACAUGGGCGUCCUGUACCACCGCUGGGGCAAGCUCGACAAAGCCGAACGACUGUACCGGCAGGCCCUCGCCCUCAACCCCAACUCCGACAUGGCCAAAAACAACCUAGCAAAGCUACUCUCGGCGCGACGAACGCCACGAACUACGUGAACAAUAAAUCGACAAACUUUUUAGUAAACCCGCA